CGACCGCCUGAUGUCGCUGUCUCAUCAACGGAACGGAACUGCAGAAACACAAGAGUCUGCGCACAAUUUACGCAGCCGCAGCCAUAGCAGCCAGACAACACGGCGUAAACAAAUAAGCCUAGUAAUCACGACCGAAGGGGUUAUCUAAAUGAGUGAAACGAUGUUCUUCUGAAAUGCUCUUCUAAUUGCUAUUCACUUGAAUGAAGACAUUCUAUGGUUUGUUACGAAGGAAAACAACUGUUUGACUCGUUUUGCGUCUGAGCGUUCAAGCUAUUUGUUUAUCCCAGUCAACGGGUAGUAAAUGUUGGCUAAACACCAUGGGUUUGUCUGAUCGCAUUAUGAUACGUUCUCUAAUACCAUGUGUCAAAGACAGAUAGCUUUGACGAAUUUUUGAUAAUUGCAUUUCAUUAGUUUUGUAGACUAGGAUACUCGACGUUAUAACAGUAAACAAAUGUUUGGCAUUCGUGUUACCGUUAUGUAGCUAACGGUAUGCUGUCCGAUUGUAAAUUGGCUACGUUGUGCAGUCUGAUAGCUAUUUUUUAAAUAGUUGGUUCUGGUGAAGUGUCUUGGAUGGAAACAGCGAUGGAGGGGAAACAAACAUCUACGUCUAGCUUGGGAAAAUAUAAUAACGACCGUUAAAACUGUGUCUCGUCUCGUUUCCAAAAACAUACGUUUGAAAGUUACUAACCAAAUCACGUCCCCCAAGCUAACGGACAGGAUGGGGGCAUUCUUGGUGGUUGUCGACGUCUAACCAACUCCAACACCUGGCAGCACCACCUGUGGGGAAACAGUUUUUUUGUUGUUGUUGUAGUUUUUAUGUACAAUACGGUUGCUAUGGGUGGGUGCUGUUGGAGUAGGUGAAGGGUAAGCCGAACCCUUUACUGGAGACGGGACCGAGGGGUGGCACGACAACCAGUCUCCGGUUCCUGCUGGUGAACCUGACAUGUUCUGUCUGAUGGCGAACUGCUGCAAUUGGUUAAAACGCUGGCGAGAGCCUGCAAGGAAAGUGACAUUGCUGAUGGUCGGCUUGGACAAUGCUGGAAAGACGGCAACCGUCAAAGGCAUCAAAGGAGAGAACCCGGUGGACGUGGCCCCCACGGUGGGCUUCUCCAAGGUGGACCUGAAGCAGGGCAAGUUCGAGGUGACCAUCUUCGACCUGGGCGGGGGCAAGCGCAUCCGGGGCAUCUGGAAGAACUACUACUCGGAGUCGCACGGCGUGGUCUUCGUGGUGGACUCCAGCGACGUGCAGCGCAUCCAGGAGACGCGGGACACCAUGGAGGAGGUGCUCAAGCACCCGCGCAUCGCCGGGAAACCUGUACUCGUGUUGGCCAAUAAGCAGGACCGAGAAGGGGCGUUGGCCGAGGCAGACAUCAUCGAGGGCCUCUCUCUGGAGAAGCUAGUCAACGAGCACAAGUGCCUUUGCCAAAUAGAGCCCUGCUCGGCCGUGAUUGGCUAUGGCAAGAAGCUGGACAAGUCCAUCAAGAACGGCCUGAACUGGUUGCUUAGCAACAUCGCGCGGGACUACGAGGCCAUCGCCGAGCGCGUGGAGCGGGACACAGCGGAGCAGAGGGCGGAGGAGGAGCGCGACAAGAAGGAACGCCAGGAGAGGGUCCGACGCAUCCGCGAGGAGAGGAGGAGGAGGAGCAGGUGUAUGAGGGAGAUGAGCAGGCUCAGGAGGAUCGAGAGGAGAGGAGCCGCCAUGAAAGGGUGUAUGUGCAUGUGUAUCAGAGAGAAGAAGAGGAGCAGGAUGAAGAAGAGUAGGAAAGAAGCAGGAAAGAAGGACAGGGCUCGUCUGGAGCGCGAGGAGGCCGAGAGAGAAGGCCGGCAGCUGGAGGAGGAGGAGCCAGACGAGGCCAACAUGCCCAGCCCCUUCCAGCCAAUCACAAACGUCGUCAGUCAGAAUGAAGAGCGAUUGAAAGAGGAGAAAGGGAAGGAGGAGACUGCUGAGCAGAAUGGCAAACAAGCAGCGCAGGAGGAAGAGGAGGAGGAGGAAGAGGAGGAAGAGGAGAGCGAGAGACAAACACCAGACUCUGGUGUAGUGGAGCAGAUGAAGAAGAAGACUAAGAAGCUACGACUGAAGCGGAAGCACCGAGUGGACCCCCUCAACGCUGAGGAGCCCGCAGCAGCCGAGAGCCCCACGCCACCCCCUCCACCAGUGGGCUGGGCCACUCCUAAAGCAUCCAGAUUGCCCAAACUGGAGCCGAUUUCGGACACAAGGCACUCUGAUUUCUAUGGCAAGCCCCUUCCUCCAGUAGCCAUCCGCCAGAGGCCCAACAGUGACACCCACGAUGUCAUUUCCUAGCCCCGCCCGCCCCGCCCCGCCCCUCCCUGUGCUUUUGACCAAUCAGUAGCUUGCAGACUUGCCUCCCUCCAAUCACGGCUUUCCUGUGUUUGUUCUGUUCCUCUUCAAGCACGCGGCGUGUAGAGGAGAGAGGCUCACCAGUCACAAACCAGAACAGCCAACAAACUCUUUGAACUUUGAUGGAGCAUAUCGAAACACUCUGGGACACCCCC